AUGCUACCUUUACGAAGGUCUGCCACCUUAAAACAAGGGGAAUUAGAAAAAAUAACCAAUAACUCAUCAAGUGCUAUAACAAUUUCAAUCAGUGAUCCUUUUGGAGAUGCGAACUCAAUCCCUAAAAAAGUGAGCACUGUUUUCCCACAAUUAGACGUAUCGAAGUUAAAAAUCAGGACAAGAUGGAAUUCGAUAAUAACAGCAAUAUUGAAUGUAUUGAUAAUUCUUCUAUUGUAUAAAGAAAAUGAAGAGUUUAAUUCCAAUCAACACAAAUCAAAUAUUUCUGAAAAUUUGCUGAGGAUCUUCAUUAUAUUCCUUAGCGCAAUUUCUAUCUUAGUCUUAGCUAGCUACAUUUUUAGAGCGCUACCUUCUUCUGUAGUGUGAUUAGGCCCCCGUUUAGCUUUUUAACUCCAAAUUAAUUACGCACUGGGAAUUCUGACUUGCUAGCAAGAAAAUCCUUACAAUGUACAUUUCACUACUCUGCUUUACAAGGCUCCUACAUGUGUUCCACCUGAGAGUAGCCCUCCUCUGAUGUGCUGAGAUUAAAUCCUUAAGCACUUGAUAUCUAGAAAAGCCAACCCCAUAAAUAAAAUUCCAAGAAAGAGAAAAUUAUUUGCGUUAAUUUCUCUCUAACGAGUGCCAUUUUAUUUAUCGAGCACAGUUCUAUCAGUUUAGUCAUACAAUAUUGAUCAAUUAAGCUUUAUCAGAAAAAAGCAUAUAGAGAAUGCCAUGUCAGCAGUGGCUUCUGAGAAUAUCCUAAAAUAAGAAAUUGAAUGUUGCUUGAAAUAAUAUUUUGCUGCAUAAACGUCCCACCAUACUGUGACUGAACCUUCACUUUUAAGCAGCUCAACACAUCAUCAAUAAUGUCAGCUGAUGAUAUUAUAGUUUCUUUAUCCUUUAUAAGACUCUACUUCGUUUUUAAAAUGAUGUAUGAGUGCUCAACCUAUAGCUCAAGGAGAGCUGAAUAUGUGUGCAACAUGGAAAACGUCAAAGAUAUUAUGGCUUUUUCUUUAAAAAGCAUACUAACAAUCCAAACAUACUUUUCGAUCUUAUUCCUAUUGGCCUUGCUUAUGAUUUCUGGAGGUGCUCUGUUAAGAAUCUUUGAAAGGAGCAUUUCCAAUACAAAAUUUGACUAUAUAUGAAAUGGGUUCUUCACAGUCGCUGCAACUGCAUUAACCAUUGGAUAUGGUGACUCCGUUCCAACAACUCAUUUAGGUCGCUUUAUAUGUGUAAUUGCAAGUAUAUUUGGCAUUUUUUCAGUUUCUUAUACUGUAUGGGCAGUACAGAACAGCAUAGCUUUCAAUCACAGCGAAUUCCAAAUCUAUGACGCCAUGGUAUUCAAGAAAAACAUAAAGAAAAAGUUGGAACCAAUAGCAUCGAUUCUUCUGCAAAGAUGGUGAAUUCUUCUUCAAAAGCGAAAACAAAGCCAGCCUCGUCUCCAAGUCUUAAACGAGUUUUACUGCCAGUUCUAUAGAUUUAAGCUCUUGAAAAACCAAAUGAAAGGCGACGUCAAUAAAACGCUUUCAGAAAACAUCAAUGACUUUGCAAGCAAAUUAAAUAUUUGCAUGCCAAAAAUAUUUAACCACUUGGAGCCAGGGCAAAAAGUGCUGGAAAUUGCUGUGGAAAUGACCAACAACCAGCUAUUUAUCGCAGAAAAGUUAAAACGAAUACAGAAUGGCACCCGGAGUUUAAAGAAGCAGAUUGGAGAAAUCACAAAUAGUAGCAUCAAUGAUUAUGCACAUCGGAGGUACUCGGAUAAAACGGGAAAGCGUGCUACUCUUGUUGAGAUGAAAAAAGCUCAAUGCCGCGCACUAAAGAAACUUAUGAAUCGCAGGACAAGCGACUCCUCUAUUAAUUCUGAGCUUUCUUCGCCUCGGUUUAGGGCUGACUCGAUUGCUGAUAGUGAUGCCGCCUCUGAUCAGUAG